CGCUGCGAGAAGUCGGACGUUUUGUGCAGCUGCUCCAGUGCGCGCUGGCUGAACUUGUCUGAAGAUGUAGGAAGGAAAGAUGUUUCGGCAACCAGGUCGAAUUUUAAAGGAAUAAAGAAAAAGGAGAAGCAAUGUGCACGCAACAUUUGGACAACGUGGGAAUGCAUCGAUGUGCAAGGCUGGUAAUGAGAGACAGCAGUUCAUAAAUAGAUAACGAUUGUUCCCGACUUCACGCGCCUGGAAUAAAUCCGGAGUUUUCACUUAUCUGCUUACUAUUCGGCUUUCCAAUGUGGCAACUUAUGCCUGAACUUAAUGUAGAAUCCAAAACCCCUCGUGAAAAACAUGGUGCGAGGGGCUCUUGAAUCUGUUGGGGUUAACAAGCAACUCUGCUGCCAGCAUGAACCACUCCAGCUGAGGUAUACGAUGUGGAUGAUGGUAAUACACGCAUCAAUGAUGGAACAGCCGCAUUGACAAAUUCACCACGCCCACCCUCCUCGGGCUGCUGCCAGUCAGCAUGCUGCGGAUACUGUCGCUCAAAUUUGGCCGCGUUUACCGAUGUGGCAAGUUCCUAUUCAUCAUAGCGCUUUUUGUUAUCCUGCUGAUGAACACUCAUAACUUUUUCGCCUCUUUCCAGAGGAACGAGCUUACAGACCGCCGAUUCAUCGGCCUCAACAAGUGUCCGGCCUGCUUCGGUACUAGCUGGUGCCGCAAGUUCAUGAAUGGCCAGGUGACCUUUGAGACGUGGGGUCGCUUGCGCUUCCUAGACUUUUUCAAUGUAAAGAAUGUUUAUUAUGCUCAAUACGGAGAACCCAGGGAAGGAACCCGCAGGGUGGUGCUCAAACGCUUGGGCUCUAACCAGGAACUGGCAGAGAUUGAUCAGAAGAUAUGCAAAAGAGCCACUGGAAGACCACGCUGCGAUCUUAUUCAGGGUAUGUACAAAACUGAAUUUGCCCGACUUAAUGGGGACGUGAGGCUUCUGACUCCUGAGGUAGUGGAGGGCUGGUCGGAUCUGGUGCACUGUCCUUCUCAGAGGCUUCUAGAUCGAGUGGUCAGGAGGUAUGCUGAGACCAAGGACUCUGGAAGCUUCCUGUUGAAGAACCUGAAGGACACGGAGCGAAUGCAGCUGCUAAUGACUUUGGCCUUCAACCCCGAGCCUCUUGUGCUGCAGAGUUUCCCCUCUGAUGAGGGCUGGCCAUUUGCCAAAUACCUGGGGGCCUGUGGUCGGAUGGUGGCAGUGAAUUAUGUGGGUGAGGAGCUCUGGAGCUUCUACAAUGCACCCUGGGAGAAAAGAGUGGAUCUGGCCAAGCAGCUGAUGGACAUCGCCGAGCAGCUGACCAACAACGACUUUGACUUUGCCCUUUAUCUCCUGGACGUCAGCUUCGACAACUUUGCCGUCGGGCCCCGUGACGGCAAAGUCAUCGUCGUUGAUGCGGAAAACGUCAUCGUGGCGGACAAGAGAUUGAUAAAACAGAAUAAACCAGAGAACUAUGAUGUCUGGUACGAGAGCCGCUAUGAGGAAUGCGACAAAGAAGCCUGUCUCUCCUUCUCCAAGGACAUCCUCUGCUCACGAGUCACCGUUGACCACAACUACUAUGCUAUCUGUCAGAACCUGCUCUCCAGAUUCGCCACCUGGCGAGGCACCACUGGUGGUCUCCUCCACGACCCCCCGCUUGACAUAGUGAAAGACGGGCACCUCACUGCCCUCCUUGAUGAGUGCACGAGGCCUCAGAAACAUUACGGUCGCUUCCAGGCAGCUAAAGAACUGCGGGAGUACCUGACACAUCUCACACAGCUGAGCAAUACAAACAGGUAGUGUUGAGAACAGGGGGCAGUGUUACCCCUAAAAAAAAAACAAAAAAAAAAAACAAA